AUGGAUGACCAUGUGUGUAGAAGGUUCCUUUUUGUAAGGAGUUGGUUUCCCGAUAAAUUAGACACAAACAAAAAUUAUCAAUUUAUUAGUGAUGAAGAUUUCAAAAAGUAUUGUACUAGUAAUAGGUGUAAUGGUGAUCUCGAAAAAAUUAAUGCUGUAUGUUUAUUGUUAUUUAAUGAAUUCUUUGGAAGUUCUUCUUUGCUUAAGUAUCAUAAUAACAUCAAUAUUGUUGAUUACAUUAUGAUAUGGUUAAGUUAUAUGUUAAACCUAAAGAAUAAUGUGCCAGGAAUCACCAAUCUACAACAUUUUUAUACUACAUAUAUAAAUAAUGAUAAGUACAAAACUACUAUAACUGGUGUUACGGGGUAUACAAACUAUAAGGAUCUUAUAGAUCAAAAAAAAUAUUUUUUGGAUAUGGAUAGUAAUAUUAUAUCUAAUUUUUAUGAAGCAUUUAAAUUAUUAUGUGAAAUGUAUACUAACUUUGAUGAAAAAACAUCAUAUUGCUCUAACUGCUCACAAAAUGCUAUUAAAUUUGUUGCAAAAUGUGACGAGCUUAAGAAAGAUUCUAGUAUAACUAGUAAUAGUUCCUAUAAUGAACUAUUGUCUACUUUAUCAAAUGAUUAUAAUAAUUUUAAAAAUUAUUAUACUAGUAAAGGUGGUAAUUGUAAAGAUUUUCCACUCCUUCCAACGGCAAAAACAACACAAAUUUCUGUAGAAUUUUCUGAACAUACUUCUAAACAAACUGUAGAAACUUCUGAUCAAAGUCCUAAACAAACUUCUAAACAAACUGUAGAAACUUAUUUACAAAGUUCUGCACAAAGUUCUAAACAAAAUCCUGAACAAAGUGUACAAAUAUUAGAACAGAUUUCUGAAGUUACAUCAUCAAAUUUAUCGAUAGGAAACAAAUUAUUUACAGUUUUAUCGAUAUUUGGUGCAAUAGCAUUUUUUUUAGGAAUUUCUUAUAAGUAUUCGUUAUUUGGAUUUCGGAAACGAGCUCAAAAGCAAUAUUUAAGAGAAAAAAUAAAAAUAUAA